ACAUACAUCUAGGCUACAUUUGAUGAAGUAUCACUUUAAUUGCUCGAAACUAAAUAUAUUCUCCCUGUUUAAAGGGAGGUAACUUUCUAUUCUGUCAAAAAAGGUAAACAAAAUGAUGCCAUCAACACAACCGGGGUUUGGGAUACUAAGAAAGUUACCAGUAUUGGCCAAAAAGUUGGGUGUGGUCAGAUUGCAGGCGAGAACAUUUCAGAAGCUAUCUUAUUCUUUGUCUGAGAAGAAAGACAUCAGCAGAUUUCCAGUGCCCAAGUUAGAUACGCUGCCUGAAGACGUACAGGAAAGAAUAAAUGAGGUCACUGAAAAGUCAGGUUUCACUCCAAAUGUGUUUAGUGCAAUGUCCUACAGACCAGAUGAGUUCCGAGCAUUCUUCCAGUAUUAUGAUGCAGUGAUGAAUGACAGGGAAGGAGGAAAUUUGACAAAAGCAGACAAGGAAAUGAUAAUAGUUGCAACCUCUGCAGAUAACAAGUGCCUGUAUUGUAUAGUCGCUCAUAGUGCUGUACACAGAAUUUAUGCCAAAAAUCCAUAUCUAGCAGACCAGAUUGCUGCCAACUGGAAGACAGCUGACCUCGACGACAGACAACGUGCCAUCUUGGAUGUUGCUAUGAAUAUAUGUCAUUGCCGAGCAUUGUCAGAAGACAAAAUCAACAGCCUUAAAGACUAUGGGUUGACUCGCGAUGAUGUUUGGGAUAUUGGAGCAGUGGUCGCAUUAUUUGCCCUGUCAAACAGAAUGGCAUUUACAAUGAAUCUAAAACCUAAUGAAGACUUUUAUCUGAUGGGACGUGUGAAAAAGGAGAAGAAAUAACUUGUUUGUUUCCUAAAUACAUGUAGGAAAAUGUCAAUGAAGAUUGUUUAUUGAUAUUCUGUGGUUUUGUGUCUCGGGUGAUAUAAUUGUUAUGAUAUAAUAAACCCACUUCACUUGUAAAGCAAACUGCUCAUAGUAUUGGGUAUGAAAAUAAAUAUAUAAAAGGUAUCAAUAUUAUUUGAGGGUACCAUGCAUGGAGGAUUAGCAAUGUAUAGAGUUCUCUACCAGAUUUGUUAUGCCCUUGGGGUCAAGACUAGUGUAAGAACAACUUUAAAAAUCUUCUCGACUGUCUAAAACCUCAAAGCCAAGAGCUUAGAUAUUUGGCAAUAUAGCAUUGUGUAGAGGUUCUCUACUAAGAAAUCCUGCACCGAUUCGAAUUAAAAGAGCAAUAUAGGGCCAUCAUGGCCCUCUUGUCUGCAGUAAGACAAUAAACCGGCUUACUCUGUAUUUAUAUCAGUAACAAAAAACGAUACAGCCUGUUAGUUGAUACAAUGUUAUUAACAAUAUAUUCUAGAUUAGGCAGUUAAUUCCAUCAAAUUUAUAUAAUAUACAGAACAUUUUUCAUUGUCCAGACUAUGAAAUUGACUUACCGUAGUAACAGCCCAGUUUUUCCCCCCAGUCAGUUUUUUCCCCGGGGUAUUAACUUAUCUUUUGAAAUAGACUCCAUAUCAUGUUGUUGUUAUUUUUAUAUAAUAUUGACAGGAAUGAAUUUAAGACAUAAAAGCCAGCAUCAGUAGUGAU